ACUUUGUAAAUCCUGUCAAAAUCUAUGCAUCUACACACAAAAUUACACAAAAUUCUAUAACCUGGGAAAAUUUAAACCUUUUAAAUCGGUUACGAGCAAUGAGAAAACUGAUGCAAUGGAACCCUCCGAUGACGAAGAUCUGAAGGCUUUCGAGCUGCGACUCACCGAAGUGGUUCUCUCGCACAGACCGACCUUCCGAUGGCGCAUUCUCCUGUCCGCCAUGUCGAUAUGCACGGCCAUCGGGGCCUGGUACUGGCUGAGGGAUCCCCACACCACCGUUGUCCCUCUGACGGAAUCCCUCUGGAUACACCCAAUCUUCGCAGCGGCCACAGUAACCUUAAUUGUACUCUUCAUCAUAGGCAUACAAAAGUUGGUCAUAGUGCCGAAGGUCAUCACAACGCGAGCCCGUUGUGUUCUUGGAGACUUUAACAUGAGCUGCGAUGACACGGGCAAACUGAUCUUGAAGUCCCGCCAAAGCUACGACGCCACCACAUGAGUACCCCACCGCUACCAAGACAAUCAAUUAGUUAAUGCAUAGAACAACUAUCGAAAUA